AUGAAAAAAACCGCCUUAACGCAAACGUCUGGCUUCUCUCUCGGAUUCCAUCAAACACAAGAUGUCGUUCUCUCUGACUGGGCCCUUGACGUUUCUGACAAUGGUUCUGGAAGCAUCGUCGAUGAACUCAACUCUGACCUGGGUGACACCACCACGGGAACCGGUUCUACCGAGAACUUUGAUAACUUUAGCAAGGGUAACUGGAGUUUUGGUAUCCUGGAGGUAAGUUAG